AUGGGUGGAGCUGACUUGACAGACUUAUCGUCGAGGCUCUUGAGGGUGGAACCAGCGACGGGCCUGUGCUAUGUUCUCACUUUUGCAGCGAAGCACAACGUAACGCUUGCGGACAUGACAGCCCAGGAAAUUCUUCCUGUCGUUGAAACAUGGACCCGUGCCUACGCGCAGCAUCUCUCGCCCCAGAAUUCGUUAUCUCGGUUGCGCGCCCUGGAAAACCUUCCUGUCUCACCGUACGCCAAUUUUCCGUCACCAAGCUCUCAGCUACGGUAUAUGCAGAUCUUUGAGAACAAGGGCGCUGCCAUGGGUUGCUCCAACCCGCAUCCGCACUGCCAGAUCUGGACCGUGUCGACCAUGCCAGAAGAGCCGCAAUCUGAACUUAGGCAAAUGAUGAAGUAUCUGGGGGAGAAUGAGGGAAGACACCUCUUAGGUGACUACGCGGAGGUCGAAUUGGAUAAGAAAGAGCGUGUUGUUUGGGAGAAUGAAGGAUUCUUGGUUGUCGUGCCGUGGUGGGCCGUCUGGCCUUUUGAGGUUCUUGUGAUACCGAAGCGUCAUGUGAGGGCACUUGUGGAUUUCACGAAUGACGAGAGAUUGCAAUUUUCGGAAGCUAUCCAGGAAGUCACGAGGCGAUACGACAACCUCUUCCAGUGCAGCUUUCCAUAUAGCUCUGGCAUUCACCAAGCCCCAUUGGAUGGAACAGCAGAAGAGAUAAACGCGAGCUACUUGCACAUGCACUUCUACCCCCCUCUCCUAAGGUCCGCGACGGUGAAGAAGUUCCAAGUGGGUUACGAAAUGCUUGCGGAGCCGCAGCGAGAUAUAACACCUGAACAGGCGGCGGCACGCCUUCGAGACUGUGGAGGAGAACUCUACCGGAAAUCCCUAUAG